AUGGAUUUAAGGCAUAAAGAUGACCAGGUUCCCCCGACAAAUGAAUCUUUAAGGCAGUUCACACAUUCUUUGGAAAAAAGUGGUUGCAACCCAGCAAUUUUGCCAUUACUGGCCAAGUUAUAUGGUAGUGGUAAGCCUAAUUGCCUUAUUAUUAAAAAUGAUAUUGAAAAUGAUGAUGUAAUAAAUUUGAAUGAAAGUGGAAAUAAAUUAACUUCAGCAAAUGGAAUCCUGAAGGAAAAGGUCAAUACGCUCUGUGAACAAUUGGGUCCUGAAUGUCAUGUUGAAGCUGCAAUCAACAAUGUUCUUACUAAUUUGUCUCAUAGCCAGGAAGAAGUUGACCAUGUAAAUGAAUUGACCAUUGAGCAAUGGAAGUGUGAUGAAUGGUACAAGCACAAAGAAGGUUUCAUAACUGGCUCAAUCGCAUACAGUUUUGAGUAUGCAGAACAGCCUGGAUAAAGGCAAGCAGAGAAACGUUACCUCAUUAGUGAAAACAAUCACCUGUCAAAAACCCAUAGUUAAAAAAACUGUUUCAGAAACUGCAACAAAUCCCAGAGAUUGGGGUUUGAAACAUAAAAAUAGUGCACGCCAGAGCUACUGCAAGGUGGAAUGCAAAAAACAUUCCAAGUUAUCCCUUGUAUCCAAAGGAUUGUUAAUUUCUAAGAAAAAACCUUAUGUAGCUGCCAGUACAGACAAUAUUCUCUCCUGUAGUUGUGCAGAAAACUGUCCAGAUGUUGUUGUGGAGUACAAGUGUAAUUGGAAGCAUCGAACAAUUCCAGUGAAAGAAGCAUUUCUAACACCUGAAAUAGGUGGGGAACAAGUUGGAGAUAAGUUGUAUCUGAAGACAUCUAGCUGCUAUUAUUUGCAAAUUCAAUUGCAAAUGUCUUCAAAAGCUUGA